CCUUCCUUCAUCAUUCACCACUCAAGUGCAUCUCUUAAUUUAUACUUCUCAGAUACAUUAAGAACUACGACUACCUAUAUCUCAGAAAAGUUGAUCAUCAGUAAAUUGCGAGAUAAGCAAUAAUGAGAAGGAGUUCUGUGUAUGCUGCAGUGGUUCUUCUUUUACUCUACACUUCACUAAUCAUCUCCGCAAGGCACAUAAGCCACUCACACUCACGAGGACAUGGCGGACAAAGGGUGCAUUGGGGAGGAAAAGUCCCAACAAAACAUAGAAAAGGACCCGACACAAUGCAAGUAGCAGGGUCAAGGUUGCCGGAUUGUUCUCAUGCGUGUGGGUCAUGCUCGCCGUGCAGGUUGGUGAUGGUCAGCUUCGUUUGUGCAUCCAUUGCAGAGGCUGAGUCAUGUCCAAUGGCUUACAAGUGCAUGUGCCAUAACAAGUCCUACCCUGUCCCAUAGAAUAUGGAUCAUUAGAUUUGGCACCCCAACCAUUAGAAAUGUCACCCCACUUACGGAAACUCAGUUUCCGAAAUAUUUCGGAAAUAAGGUUUCCGAAGCACUUUUUUACUCAAAAGUGUGGUUUUUUACUCAAAAGUGUGGUGUUAGAUGUAUUUUGAACUAAAAAUCACGAAUUAAUUUCGGAAUCUAAGAUUCUGAAAUAAUUCGGAACUUGAAAAUCCGAAAAUUAGGGGUGUGAAAUCUAAUGGUUGGGGUGGCAAAUCUAGCUCUCAUAUAUAUAUGCUAGACCAAAUAGAGAUCUUCCCAUGUUUCAAUUUUCAAGCUAAGACUUCUAGCCCCGUGUAACAUAUAUGCGUCCUUUUUCCAGGUUUUCAGAGUCACUUUUUUCUCUGUCUUUUGUUGUUCAACAUUGUAAACAGGGGUUUCUAGCUAUGAGCAUGGUUUUUGACA